GCAUUGUCAGACUCUGUUAGAAUGUGUACUAAACUCCUACAGCAGGGAUAACACGACUGGACACCUGACCAGAGGUCUCUCUCUCUCUGUACCUCAGACGCUGCACAACCUGAGCUCCAAGCUACCCACCAACACACAGUGGAGUAAGCUACAACUCUCAAUACAAUUAAAAAGUAUCAAUAUUUAUUGAUCGGGAAGUGCUGCGCUGCGUUGGGACAUAGCUGGAGAGACGGUUGAUGAUCGAAGGUUGGCUAGGUGGAUUUCCUCUGGUUUUCACCCGUCAACGUGGACUAUAGCAACAGAGACAAGAUCAAGAUGAACCAGACCAAGGUGGUAGAAGAGGACCCCUAUAACUACUAUGACUACUCAGACUGGUACUCCAACAAUAUGGAACCCACCAGACCUCCAAAAGAAGUUAUUCUCCCGUGUGACCCCACAGUGGAUGACCAGCUUUUCCACAUAGGCAUCGCUUCAGUAUCUCUCGUUGUGGUGCUGAUUCUAGCAGUCCUGAAGAGGAGAAAGAGUCUAUGUGAGGGUUUUGCCAGUGGAUCAACUGGUAACUCAAGUCCAGUGAACUUCCUGGACCAGACGCAGCACAAAGCCCUAGCAGUAGCUGUGUUUGGGCUGGUCUUCAGCAAGCUGUCUGUAUUGGUCCUGGCUCCAGAUCCCCUGCCCUUCUCCAAAGACACCCCUCAGGAAAUCAAAGAGUACAUGAAGAUCAUCGCCAUCUUCUACUGGCCUGCCCUGUACUACCCACUCCUGGCCUGUGGUACGCUCCACAGUAAACUGGGCUAUGUGCUGGGCAGUCUAUUCUCCUGGACCCACUUUGCUGUCCUCGUCUGGCAGAAGAUUGACUGUCCCAAAACACCGGAGCUGUAUAAGUACUAUUCCCUGCUGGCCAGUCUCCCACAGAUCGGCUGUCUGGGAUUCCUCUGUAUCAAGUACCCACUGCUGUUUCUCAAAGGUGCUAAGGCUAAUGGUUCUGAGGACCUGGAGAGCAGCUACUACACAGACUACGUGCAAUUAAUUCUAAAGAAGAAAAAGUCAAACAUCAGUACCUCUAUCAGAUCAGAUAAACCCAAACUGUUGGAGACAAUAAAAGACACAGUCAAGUCCUACAUCUACACACCAGAGAAAGUAUUCCGGUUUCCACUAAAGCUGGCGAUCUCAGCAUUUGUGUCGUCCAUAGCAGUUUAUCAGGUGGCGCUGUUGCUGGUAAUACUGGUGAUCCCCACCCUCCAUAUAGUCCGUGCUGGUAUAGAUGACAAGUUCCCCUUCCUUCUGGAGGGCGUUGGUAUCGUCCUAUCAGAGGACAGGAUGGAGGUGGUCCAGAUUGUUAUUCACUAUACCUGGUGUCUGGAAGUGUGUUACCUGUGUGGGUUGACCCUGGCCUGUAUGCUCACCCUGAUCAUGCUCAUGAGGUCCAUGAUCCUUCACAGAUGGAACCUCCAGGGCUUGUACAGAGGAGAUAUUUACAACGUGUAUAAUUGCCAGAAGAGCAUCCGUCCGUCUCAGACAGGCCUAGUGUGUUGGAUGGGUUUCAUUGGAUAUCAGGCUGCUGUCAUCUCUUUAGGAAUGGUCUUCCAGACUUUGGUCUUCUUCAUCUGUUUUGUGUGGUUGGUGUUCCUCAUCAUCAUCCCCAUCUUGUAUGGCCAGAACCUUAUACUCUUCCAGGUCGCUGCCAAGGCCUGGCCUGUGUGGGUGACGUUGAUACUGACUAUUACUCUACAACACGUCACAGCCAGGUUUGCUUUUAUCAAAAAGGAUGCUGGGACAAGAGACUUGAACAACAGAGGCAGUCUGUUCCUGCUUACCUACCUGCUCUUCCUGAUCAACAUCGUGGUGGGGUUGAUAGCAGCCAUCUGGAGGAUGGUCAUCACUGCCCUCUAUAACAUCAUCCACCUGGGGCGCAUGGACAUCAGCCUCCUCAACCGCGCGGCUGAAUCCUACGACCCGGCUUAUUGUUACUACACCCACUACCUGAAGGUAGAGGUCAGCCAAUCCCACCCUGUGAUGAAGGCCUUCUGUGGGCUGGCGCUGCAGGCUGCCUCGGCUGGAGGUGCUGGGCAGAAGAUGCGAGAUGCUGAGGAAGGGAUCCAGCUGGUGAAUCAGGAGAAGAGACCGGACAAGGUGGUUAACAGCAGGAGGGUGCGGGCACGCUGGCAGUUACUCUACACGCUGGUCAACAACCCGUCUCUACUGGGGUCCAGAAAACACUACCAGCUGCAGCCCUCUGACAGCUUCGUGAACGGAACGAACCGUAGCGCCGCGGCAGGAAGCAAGAAAGACGCCAGCAGCAAACCCACCGCUGCCGAGGCAGGCUCUGCCACACCCUCAGGCGCUGCCACACCCUCAGGCGCUGCCACACCCUCAGGCGCUGCCACACCCUCAGGCGCUGCCAAACCCUCAGGCGCUGCCACACCCUCAGGCGCUGCCAAACCCUCAGGCGCUGCCACACCCUCAGGCGCUGCCAAACCCUCAGGCGCUGCCACACCCUCAGGCGCUGCCACACCCUCAGGCGCUGCCAAACCCUCAGGCGCUGCCAAACCCUCAGGCGCUGCCACACCCUCAGGCGCUGCCACCGACGCCGCUGCUAACUGAGACCAUGACACACGGUCAUGACUGAUGUCAUGUGGUUUAUGGGGUCCUGACAUCCUGCUGCUCUCUAUAGAACCCAAUGUUCCAACUGCUUGGUCUUCAGGGUAGCAGUUGACUGUAAGAGGCCUGUAAUUUCUGUGGGUUGCAGUCAAGUGCCUUGGCUUGUUCAGCUGCACAUGAAGUGAAUCUCUAUGUAUGUUGCUUUCUGUGUCAUAUUGUUGUCUGCAAUGUCGAUUUUAAAAUUUGCUGGUCUAUUAUUUAGUUUUGGCAAAGGUCGUUAUGGUGAAAUAGUACAACAUCUUAACGGUUGUAUGUGUUUGGUUAUGAUGCACAGAACACAUCCUGUUUUAGCAUCCAAUAUCCACCCCUUCCUUUAAUGUGCUGCCCUUCAUCAGUUGUUUCGGUAAGUUUUCAGAGGUUGAGAUAUUUGCUUUCAAAAUAUAUUUAAGAACAAUGAUACAUUUAUUUUUUUGUGUAAAUUAAUGUAACUGACAUCACAAUCCAGAGUGAAAAAAAAUCAACUGUUUUUCUCCCAGGUGGGAGAAUGUGAUUAAGACUCUUAUUUUGAAA